ACUCCCAUUGGCUGUCGCGUCGUCGGGGGGCCGUGGCUACGGGAGCCGGGCGGGCACAUUUCGAACCGUGGCUGGGGCGGCGGCGGCGGCCGUGGAGGCUGCGACGGUGAAGGAUGCACCCGGCAGGCUUGGCGGCGGCGGGGACGCCCCGGCAGCCGUCGAAGCGGAGGAUCCCCGUGUCCCAGCCGGGCAUGGCUGACCCCCACCAGCUCUUCGAUGACACAAGUUCGGCCCAGAGCCGGGGCUACGGGGCCCAGCGGGCUCCCAGCGGCCUGGGCUACCCUGCAGCCUCCGCGUCCCCGCAGGCCGCCUUCCUGGCUGACCCUGUGUCCAACAUGGCCAUGGCCUACGGGAGCAGCCUGGCCGCACAGGGCAAGGAGCUGGUGGAUAAGAACAUCGACCGCUUCAUCCCCGUCACCAAGCUCAAGUAUUACUUUGCCGUGGACACCAUGUAUGUGGGCAAAAAGCUGGGCCUGCUCUUCUUCCCCUACCUGCACCAGGACUGGGAAGUGCAGUACCAGCAGGACACUCCCGUGGCCCCCCGCUUUGAUGUCAACGCUCCUGACCUCUACAUUCCAGCUAUGGCUUUCAUCACUUAUGUCUUGGUGGCUGGCCUGGCGCUGGGGACCCAGGAUAGGUUCUCCCCAGACCUCCUUGGGCUGCAGGCAAGCUCUGCGUUGGCCUGGCUGACACUGGAGGUGCUGGCCAUCCUGCUCAGUCUCUACCUGGUCACUGUCAACACUGACCUCACCACUAUCGACCUGGUGGCCUUCUUGGGCUAUAAAUACGUUGGGAUGAUUGGCGGGGUCCUUAUGGGCCUGCUCUUUGGGAAGAUUGGCUACUACGUGGUGCUGGGGUGGUGCUGCGUGUCUAUCUUUGUGUUCAUGAUCCGGACGCUGCGGCUGAAGAUCCUGGCGGAGGCGGCGGCCGAGGGCGUCCCGGUGCGCGGGGCGCGGAACCAGCUGCGCAUGUACCUGACCAUGGCCGUGGCGGCGGCGCAGCCCCUGCUCAUGUACUGGCUCACCUUCCACCUGGUGCGGUGAGGGCGGCCCCGGCCCCCGCCCCGCCCCGCCCCCGCCCCCGAGGUGCCGAGGCCGCCGCCGCACGCGCGGUUCCGGAAACAAUAAACCGUGACGGGCUCGGCGAGGCGGCGUCUCCUUGGCGGCGCGGGCGGCCGGCGGGGGCAGGCCCGGCCCGGGCGGGGGAGGGGCGGGGGGCGAGCGGGGGGCGCGCGGGGGGCGAGCGGGAGGCGCGCGGGAGGCGAGCGAGGAGAGGUUUAUUGAGACCCGCCCAGGCCCGUCAGUGGGGAGCCUCCUUCUUCGCCUUCCCCUUCUUCUCCUUCUUCUCCUUCUUCUCCUUCUUCUUCUUCACCUUGGGCUUCUCGGCCUUGCCCGGCGAGCUUCCGUGCGGCCCCGGGGCGGCGGCGCGAGGCUGCGGGGCCGCGGGCGGGGGAGAGGAGAGCGGGUUGGGCCGGGGAGGCCGGGCCGGGCCUGUGCCCUCCCCCGGGCGCCUGCUGCGGGGCGGGGGGUCCUACCUUCCCGUCAUGGUCGGAGUCGCUGGAGCUGCCGCUGCUGCUGCUGGAGUCCGAGCUGCGGUGGCCGUGGCCCUGCCAGUUGGAGGCGCGGCGGUGAGGCCAGGAGCCCGGCCCCGGCCCCGGCCCAAGGCGGCCGCCCCCGCCCCAGGGGGGACUUACCCUCGGUUUAUCCGCCGACGCGCCCUGAGCUUUGGGGGCGCUGUGUUUGUGGUCUCCCACCUGGCCUGUCCCGUGGGGCUUCUUGGAGUCCAGGGCUGUGGAGAGAAGUCGGGUGGGUUGGUGCGGGGGCGGUGGGCGGGAUGCGCCCCUGGAGGAGGUUUCUGGGGCGUAGCCUGGCCCCCUGCGCCUCGGAUGCCCGUCUUCCCAGGAGCGCACCUGCGGUCAGGUCGAACUCCAUGGUGGUGAGACGAGGUCUGUGGGGAGGCCGCCGGGGGCCUGGGUAGUGCCCGAGGGCAGGGGGCAGGCCGUGGGGAGGAGCAGUGGGAACUGCCCGCCCAGGGACUUCUGGGGAGCCCCACCCCACCUUGUUCAGAUUCCUGAGCCUGACUCACAGCCCCUCCCCAGCACCACCCAACUUCUCUGGGAAACGGGGGUGGGGGGGUGGACAGUUAAGGGCUAAGUUUCCACCCCCCCCCGAGCCUUGGCGAGGGAGGGGGGACUGUGUGGGCAGCUGUAGACUUCUGGGAGAGGGGCUGCAGCUGUCCCCUGCUUCCCCCAAGAGGCUCUGAUGCCUGCUUUGGAAGAAAUGAGAGGGAGGGUCCCGCCCUGUGCCCCGUGCCCCGUCCCGUCAUCAUGCUGACACUGUACUCACUGCGGGCCAGGCACUGUUCAAGGGCUGCACGCACAGUAACUCACUUUCACAACCUCUGAAGGGGCAAAGAGCAGGAGCUGGUCCUCCUGAAUUUGAGGACCGUGUCACUUAGUAGUGAGGUGAGCUCAGGAAAGACUUAGCCUCUCCGUGCCUCCGUUUCUUCAUCUGUAUACAGCAGGUACCAUAUGGGGUUGUUGUAAUGAAUUAAUUUUCUAGAACCAUGCCUGGCAAGAUAAGGUUUGGGGUUUUUUAAUCAGAAGGUAGGUAUCAUUACUACCCCUAUUUUACAGAUGAGAAAACUGAGGGACCAAGUAAGUAAGACAGUGGAGGGCAAAUAUAGUGUGAAUGCCUAGAACUGGGAUCCACAGCCAGACUCAGGUCCAGGGCUCUGGCCCCUGGGGCUCUCCCUGGAGGGUGGUCAGCCGCAGGGGUAGCUGUGAGCCCCGCCUGCCCUCCCCAUGCUGGCCUGGGCCAGGCAGGCCGAGGGGGGCGGUGGGGGGCGAGCCACUUGCUCCCAUUGCUGUGAGGCUAAGUGUCCUUCGCGAGUCCCUCUGCGACACAGCUCUGCCACCAGCAGCUGGGCUGCCGUCCAGGCAGGAGUCAUUCAUGGCUGACGCCUGGGGAUGAUGAUGACGACCAUGUGUACUCCGGUCUCUGGUCCAAAGUGCAUUCCUGGGAGAGGCCUCCCCUGGGUGCUGGCUCCACACGGCCUAUCGCUUUCACCUCUUUCCCCUGCUUGAUGACCAGCUUAGCCCUUAAAGACAAUAAAAUGUUAUCUUUAUGGUCCAUUC